AUGCCAUCGGAGCCGGACAAGGUCACCGAGGCGAAUCUUGCCAAGCUGAAUACAGCUGCACAGACCGCUGAAAAUGAAAUUUUGUCUCCUAUAUCAGAGGGAUCGGAAGAUCGGCCCCAGUCUGUACGCUCAACACUUUCCUUCUCUCAGCGCACUAUGGACACGAUGAACACGAUGAUUAUUCGGUCAAUCCUAGCGGUGAAUGAGGAGCCGAAGCGGCUACCCACCGAAAGGCGCAAGGCCCCCUUAUCUGUACCAACAACCGCUGUUAAUUUCCGUGGCUUUGUGCAAAAGUCUGGCCCCAUGUUUGUAUUUCAAGACGGUGUUGAGUCAACGCUGAUGUGGGAUGACUGGCUCUGGACGUCCUUGUGGAUGGGCAUUUGGGCUGUGGUAUCGCUUCAUCCGCGACUUUUUAUCUGUGUCCCGCCGGCAAUUGCUGUAACCAUCAUGUGCAAUACGUUCUUUAUCCGGUUCCCUAUAACCGAUGAGACACGCAACAUGCCGCCGGGUGAUGCGCUUCGCUCCGUGCUGCAGGGUUGCAAUGUACUCCAUACCGAACCCACUGCGCCUCCCAUCGAACCUCGGCCCGUCGUGGAGGGGGAAAUGAAGUACUUCUUGCAUAUGCGUGAUAUCCAGAACAUGAUGCGCCUGAUUAUCGAUGGCUAUGACCACAUUUCGCCUGUGGUCAAAUACUUGAAUUGGUCGGAUGUGCCGCGAACCUUGAGAAUUUUCCAGGCGUCGAUUGUUGUCUUGGUUCUCAUGUACUUCGUGGCGCCGCUCAUUCCAUGGCGCCUCCUUGUUUUCCUGGCCGGCGAAUUUGUUCUGAUUCAUCACCAUCCAUGGCUCCAGCCGGCCUUGAAUGCCAUUAAAAAACACGUACACUCGGCUCGACGCUCGCAUCGCCGUGCACAGCGUCAGCAUCGCCUCAAGCAACGCCUUUUGGAUAUGCUGGAUGAGGAUCGUCUGCCUGAGUAUGUUUGGGAGCGAGGUUGGAAAAACGUGGAAGUCUAUGAAAACCAGCGCUUACUCUCUAGUCGACAAGACGGAGUAGAUGAACGCUCGUGGGGCUCACAAAACCUGAAACAAGGCGAGCGCCAAGCGUGGACUCGAGGCAGUGAUGGAUUUAGUGCAUCAGACACCACAGCCGAGACGAUCCGACACGAACCGGAAGAAGGCUAUGAAUGGAUCGACGGUGAUGACUGGCGAAUCGACUGGGGCGGAGCCUGGAGCCGGGUUGGAGUAGACGACCAGGGCUAUGUUUAUACGGACAAUUGUUGGAGCCAUCCAGCGCCCUAUGCAUAUGGCGUUGAUACUUCUGUGCCCAAGACCCCGAGUAUGACGAGUGAGACGGAAGAGGAUGAGCUUGAUCAGAUGUCGGAGGAUGAAAUUUCCGGCUCCUACCGUGCUGUUACGCGCAGGCGGCGAUGGCUCCGUCGCGCAGUGAAGGUGGCCGAGACAAAGAGUUAA